CCUAUUUUCGUGGGAGCGGGUGCCGUAGGUCAUGUGAUUAGUGCCCUGCUUCCGCGUUGGCUCUUAACGUCAUCAAAGCGCGCCGCUCUACCUUUCCAGCUGUUCGGUUGGGUGGCCAUGGCGUUGCUAGUGCGAGACCCAGCGGCCUCUUGUGCCCGGCCGUUGCCACUACCCGAUGGGGACGGCUUGGUCCGGGAUUUGCUCCGCCUUCGCUGCAGGGCGCAGGGAAUUCCUGAGGAAAGUGUCUAUGUCAAGUGCAAUGGACGACUGGUUAAUCCUGAAGAUGAGCUCCAGGAUGGAGCUGUUUAUAGUUUGGAACCAAGACUCUGUGGUGGAAAAGGAGGUUUUGGAUCAAUGCUCCGAGCACUUGGUGCUCAGAUUGAAAAGACAACAAAUCGAGAGGCUUGCCGAGAUCUUAGCGGAAGGAGGCUCCGAGAUGUUAAUCAUGAAAAAGCAAUGGCUGAGUGGGUGAAGCAGCAAGCAGAGCGGGAAGCUGAAAAAGAACAAAGACGCUUGGAAAGGCUGCAGCGUAAACUUGCAGAACCAAAACACUUCUUUGUUAAUUCGGAUUACCAACAGCAGUGUAAUGAAAUGGCUGAGCGGCUAGAGGAUUCGGUACUUAAAGGGAUGCAGGCCUCCUCCAGUAAGAUGGUGUCUCCAGAGACCAGUGAUAGUCGGAAGCGCCCAAAUGAGCCUGAAAAGAGCGGAGCAAAAUCUGAGAAAAGGAAAUGUUUGUGGAUGGGAUUGGAAGGACUGGAGGAUCCUGAGAGCACAGAUGACAGUGAUAGUGAAGAUAAUUAUCCUAGUACAGCAGAAGGCAGUUGCCACUCAAGCAGCAGCCACAUUGAAAAGACUGAAAGCACAGUUGAGUGGCCUAGUAGUUCAGAGGAUUCACUAGAAUGCAGCUCGACCACCAAUAUUUCCGAGAAACCACAAGAGCAGGCAGAAGAUGCUGAAAAAGAUCUACCAGAGGAGGUACCCACAGAGGAGCAGAUUGCAAUUCCAACUGAUGAAAAAAAUGACACACAAGAGAACCUGAAAGAAGAGGAGCAAGAAAAAGUUUCAACUACUCAAGAGGAAAUAAUUCCAUUACAGAGCACGAAGUCUACGCCAAUAGAUCUUCUGGCAUUCAACUCUGCUACUGAAAUGGAAGCUCUAGGAUUAGAUAAACUGAAGUUUGAACUGAUGGCUCUGGGCCUGAAAUGUGGAGGCACUUUACAGGAAAGAGCAGCAAGACUUUUCUCUGUGAGAGGUCUGCCUAAAGACCAGAUUGAUCCUGCCUUAUUUGCAAAGCCUUCUAAAGGGAGAAAGAAAUAAGUGUUGGCGUUUUUACACUCUCUCUCUCUCUCUCCACACCUGAGGGGUUUUUUUGUUCUAUUGUCACUCUUUUUAACUAGCUACCUGCACUACUUUGGCAUCUGUAGGUAGUUUCUGUUUUUUCUAACUGGAGUUUAAAUAAUGUAAUACACAGAAUAAAUUGCUAGAUAAAAAACAAAAAACUAGUGUGUGCUAAAUAUUAAAGGUAGCAAAGCACAAAGAUGGGAAAUUGUGAAGACUUUUUGUAAAUAAAAGAACAUACAGUGUCCAUGGAUGCUUGGGGAAAAAUUGUGCGCUUUAUAGAAAAAUGGUGUGUUUUUUUAUAUAUAAGUUGUGUGAUGAGAAUAUUGAAAUAAAUGAAUACAGGAUUGCUUAUCUGCACUCUAGGUACUCCCUUCUAGAUAAAGAAACCAUAGUUUUAAAAUAUGGUUCAGGUUGAAUAGCUGAAGCUUAAUUUUUUUGAGGGGAGGGAAGAUAUUUUGUAUGGGGAAUUUCAAAUAUGGAUUAGGUGUACUAUUAUGUAUGUUGCCUUGGUGUUGUCUAAUAUUGGUAUACCAUGAUUCUCUGUACAUGUAUGUAAAUAUACAUGUUCAGUAUCUGAAAUGUUUAUUAAAGGAAUAUUUACUUAUUUAACUCUAGAGAAUAGUCUGCAUUCAGGGAAAGGAAAAGAUGUGAUAAUCUUUCUAGAAAUAAAUCUGUGAAGGAAGACUAUUUACCCAGAAGAUAAAGGUGCCAUGGUCUGAAGUUGAAUGAGAAUUUAAAGGAUUAUCUUUUUCCCUUUUACUCUGGCCCUCCAGGGAGUUGAAGCACUGUUUCAUAUGCAACACUCCUGGGUAUCCUGAAGUGAGUGGAGGUAGAUGUUGCAAGUGAUCCUGCAGAACUGCAAAGCUCAGAUACAAAGCAGUGGUUUAUGAUUUCAGUUUCCAUUGCACUGGGUGGGAGGCAUAGGUAAAGGUGGUGCUCAGUUCAGUACCACAGAUUUUUUUUUUUUUUAUUUCUGUCCCCAGAAAAAAAAAUCUUUUUCUAUUACUUUUAUUUAGCUUUUGCUAGCAGAGCAAUUGAAGCAAAAAAAAUCCUUUGUUGUAUACAGUGGAAUUGCAGUAUGAGAUCAUUUGGCAUUAGGACAAAUGCCAAGGUACAGUGAGGUACAGCAGACAUUGUAUAGCAACUGUCCCUGCACUUGCUCUUAGCCCAAAGUAAAUGAAAGCUAAACUGUGGAGCUUAGCCUUGUUUCACUUUGGCUUCACUUUUACUUACUGUGAGAUAAUAGUAGGUACAGGGACAGCUUCCAUGUCCAUAGCUGCCCCCUUUUAACUCACUUAAAACAGGACUGGUGAUUUCCACAAAGCAAAGCUGCUAGCAACUUUGGACUCAGUCAGCUUGUAGCCUGAAAGAAUGGUAUUCCUAGAAGAUGUUUUCCUCUUUCAAGUUAAGCAAAAAAAUUUGAGGAGGUAUAGAGGUGCAUUAGAAAAAUGAGAAGAGGGAGCUCUUUCCUCCUGUUUACCUGCAGCUUCCCUACAGUCGGAUUUGCCUUGGGAUCCAUACCUGGGAACUAGAGUAAACGCUGUGAAAAAUAAGAAUCAUCUGCUGGGCAACCAAUUUACUUUGCAUCAAGCAGAUUGCGUUGGAAUCCUACAUCCCCAUACUUCACUUCCUGUUUUCACAAAACAGAAUCAUAGGUAACCAAUCUCUAUAGUCUAGCAAUAGCCCUUAUGUUGUCUACAAUCAUACAUAAUGUAACUCUAGCAAAGUAGGCUGCCUACCUCUAGGAUUAAAACAUGGAGCAGAAUCAGGCUCUCUUCCUGACAUUGCUACUGCUUUUUACAUGUCAAGAUGUGCAAACCUCUGAGUCUUCAUUAAAUAUAAAAGUAGAAAAGGAGAUAAUUUAUGGUGUUGUGAUGCUUAGUAAACACUGGUAGCACUUCA